UAUAGCAGUUUAAGACUUGUAUAAAUUGAGAGAGGGACUUCAUCAUGUUCACACAACAUACCAAUUCAAAGAACCCAACAAACACAAACACAAACAAAAACAAAAACACCCCUUUCAAGGCCAUCCCCUGAUCAUAGGAUUCCUCUCAACAAAAAACUCCCCCUAUUGCUUACAAAGAAACAACAAACAAAGAUGGAGAAAAACGAGGAUCAGAAGCUCCAAACUGCUGACAAAAUCGACAAGUUCCAGAUCUUGAAAAGGACUUUACAGCUUGUUCUCUCAGUCUCUCUAUUUUCUUUGCUUCUUUGCUCUUCCUCAGGCUGCUUCUGCUGCUUUCCCCAUUCCUUCAGCGUCUUCUUUUCCACGUCCCUUUUCUCACUCUUCACGCACACCCUGGAAAGGAAGUACAUGUUUCUCAUUUGUUUUGGAAUACUUGCUGUUCUAGCCAAAAGCUCUGUUUCUUGCAGCUCUUCACCUUCUGAUCAGACUGAUCUUGGCGGUGCAUACUCGGAUUCUGAUGUGUCUGCUAUGAAGGCAUCAGUUGUUGACGAGGAAGUCCAUGUGAGAAGUACUGGGUCGGCAGAGAAUGUCCGUUUUGUAGCUAAAAGAGAACAAGAACAGGAAGAAGAUGAAGAGGAAGAACUUGCAGAAGCUUUUAUCGCAGAAGAUGAAGGGAAAGAGGAAGUAGAAGAAGAAGAAGAAGAAGAAAGUGGGGUAGUGGUGGGACCAGAAGAUGAGGAAGAAGCACCAGCAGCUGCAAAUGAUGAGUUAAACAAAAAAUUUGAAGAGUUCAUAAGGAAAAUGAAGGAAGAAAUUAGGAUUGAAGCUCAAAGACAACCAAUAGCAGUCUAAUGUAUAUUUUGAGAGAUCUGCCAGAA